UACACAGGCCGUGCGGUUUCCUCCUCUCUGGCUUGUGCUGACUGCCAAAGCGCUGGGUGUGAAGCUCGCUGGAAAACGGUGUACGCAACCUAAAGGGGACAACACGUCGGAGAGCACUUUUGCAUCACACACCUCAACGGACACUUCCGGGAUAACGUCUGAAGAUAGUCCCACAGGAAGAAGGCCCAGACCAGGAGUUCUGACAUUGUGGCUGUGGGUGCUGUAGUGCUAGUCCUGGUGGUCGGUGUGGCAGGACUCGUCCAGGCGACACGUCGGGGCCACGACGUCUCAGCUACAGAUAUCGGCGAAGACAAUCCUGAGCAAAGUUACGAAGACUCUUCAGAAAAUGAGUUCGAGACCAUGGUGCUCGUUCCGAACGACGAUAUGUCGCCACGAAAGAGUGCGUCGAUGAAAACUACCACCACGAGGAAAGCGGCGAGUACCGUGACUUCCACGGCACAAACGACAGAAGAAGAAACCGAAGAACUCUCCAGAGAGGCGACUUCGCUGACUCCAGACUCGACUCUGACAACAGAAGCGACUACACAAACUCCAGAGCGCACGAAGUCUGGAGCUUCACAGACACCCGCGUCAUCCACGGACGUACCGAAAACGACUACCACCAUAGCUUCCACGGCACACACCACAGAAGAGGAGAUCGAAGAGCUCCCUAGAGUGACGACUGAGAACAGGACUCUGCCAAGGGAAUCGACGACACAAACUCCGAACAGAACGAAAACUGCAGUUCCGCAGACCUCCUUGUCGUCCACACACUCAUCGUCCAUGAAAGUGUCACUAAAGUCCUCGACGUCGAUAUCAAUGUCAGGACGUCCAAGUGGAACUGUUCCCGGCCGCACGUCGACGUUCACCAAGUCGACGUCACGACCGACAGCGACACUCCAAACUCACACAAUGUCGUCAUCGUCGGCGCUUACAGGGUCAAAUAUGUCGCUAUCACAGUCUUCGCAAAUGUCAACUAAAUCCAGAGUGCUGACUGGAAUAUCACCUGCCCGAGUCACACCGCCUAUAACAGAUGACGGAGGGAAGAAGCUGUUGCUGUGCACUGUUGGCCGUUAUGGUAACUCUUCGCAAAUGUUUCCACCGGAUGGCACGUGUGAUAUCCUCUUCUACACGCACGUCUCGAUCGCCGACGGUCGCCUCGCUCCAGCGACGUCGGAAACUUGGACUACAUUCCAACAGGAGGCACGGCAGGCCAACCGGACGCGCUACGGCGUUUCAGUGAAUGUCACGUCCGCAGUUAGUGCCCACAAGGAGCUGAUGACACCGACUGGACAGAGAAUCUUGCAGUCGUUAUGGAAAGACAAUAUUCGGCACCAUGGAAUUCUCAAUGCUGCCGGCUCUGACGACUUUGAGGGACUGUUGAAGGCACUCAGGACCUUCCAGAUGAAGAUGAGCCCAGCCCCCCUUCUCGUGUUGGGGAUCAAAUUGAAAAAUGAGAAACAAGGACCUGCCACGCUCAUGAAAAUGACAAGUGUUCUCCCCAUUGACAUUCUGGUGGUGUUGGUGCACCAGAGUUCCUGGAACACUGCUGAAGAUUAUUCCACCUCCGGUGCCACCAUGUGGCGCAAUAUCAAUGACAUCGGGGAACCCUCUCUGAGUUCAACGAUACCACUGGUGAAUGCAGCUGCUGUGCCGCGAAACAUCACUGUGAUGUUUUCCUUCACAAUGGCUGUGUCUCGAUUUGCGAUGCCUGUUGGUUGGAAUAGGACGCAAUCUGUGACUUUCGGACGCUGGAAGCCAUUGGCCUACAGUGAGGUUGACUACAGCACGACAUGUGCAGCAGACGUGAGCAUCGGUCGCCUUCAACCAAAGCAACUAUUUUGGGUUCGAGGAAGCAAAAGCGGACGGUAUCAACUCAUAUAUGACACCAAGGACACGAUGCUGCUAAAGAUGAACUACACGAUGCUACUGUACCGAAGACGAAACCUUGGCUGGGCCCUGUUCAACGUUGAUGGUGAUGACUAUAGCAACGCUUGCAAUGACAGUGCCACUGGCUUUUAUAGAACUCGCGCCGUCGGUCAAUUCCUGCAUCAUUCUGUCUGGUUCUCCCAGUAAAAGCAUUCAUUGAGCCAAAUGCAGUUGGCAAUACAUACCUCCGGAUGUCAUACACAGGGGUGAAUACACUGUGAAAAAUAAUGGACAUGAUGAAAAACUCCGAGACUAUGGGACAACGAAAAGAGGACACACGCAGACGAAGCCUUGAUCCAUCGUAUUUGUGUGACCGUUUUUCAUCGACUCCCUAUGCACGUUUUUUUUUGCAUUGCCUAUUCUACUCACCAGUGCGCUUGCUUCCUAGUAAUUCUUUCAGUAUCUAAUGGACAUGGCUUUGUGUGGAUGCCACGACAAUCCACUACUGUAGUCUGCACAGGUUUAUGAACUUUGGCGAUCAAUGUAACGAAAUGUACCGACAACAGACCUAUGCUCUUAUGGGGAGAUAAGGCACAUGGGACCAUACCAUGCCAUAUGGGAUGCAUGGGCUCCUAUACCAAUCGCUUAUGGUGUGAUAUAGGACAUAUGGGGUCACACAUCAGUCCUACACACAUAUGUAAAUGCGAUGUAUAGGAUCCUAGAAGGACCCAUACUAACCCAUAUCCCUUUUUCCAGUAGGGGUGCGUUCAUUGCUCUGAUAGUGCUGAUGUUCAUAGGGAUAGCAUGGCCCGAAUGGAUCUCAUUUUUGCGCAAUUCACUACAGUCAAAAUCGUAUCUUGUACAGGACAUCCAGUAGAACACAGCAGGAAUGUCAUGACAAUCGAAAGGUGUCUUGGAUUCGUGCAAACUAAUUGCACGACAGUCCAAAGUAGGCUAAAUCGGAAAGAACCGCAAACCUCUUUUUUUUUCUUUCCACAAUGCGGGUUCUACUAACAGAAGGGGAGGAACAUGCCAUGUAGACUUAACUUUCCGUAAUUGUUGGGUCCCAGAAUCCCGCAAGUCACCUAAGACAGAGUGGCAGGACACAGAGGUGACAAGUGGUGGUGAGCGUUUGGUGUGGAGGUUUGCUAAGUAUCACAAGCGAAGAGAAGUAAGAAGCCUUUCUGGACCGUAUUUGACAACAUGGCAACUGCGAACGAGGGUAGUUCUCUGAAAAACACUGUUCCUCGCUUGAUAUCAAAAGUUAUAAAUUCGCGAUAAAAUAUUGGAGUGCAACUUUUCAUUAGUGAAUUCGUGUUUCUCCUAACGGAUUAUCGUCGUCGUUAAUUGCUACCUCUCUCCUGAGGAGAGUACCCAGUCGGAGCGAGAGGGAAAAGCGAAUGAGUUCCUCGAAUUUAUUCGCUGGGCGAAUGCCAUUCGCAUGUAUUGCCACUUGAUUGCAUCGUGACACGGAACGAAUGUCAUUCAGCGCGGAUGUUCUUCGCUGGGAAUGCCAUUCAAUUUGCCGUGUGACACGGGUAUUUGGUUCGCGAAACAAAAAUGCGAUCUCCUCAGGGCGAAUUCAAGCCAUCGACUACCAGCCAAAUUCCGUCCAUCAAGUUAGACAACUUUUUCCGUUAAACAUGUAGUAAAAGACCGAUAGCACUUCCAGUUAUUAUCCGGAAACCUUGCAUUUUUUCUCACUGCACCUGUAUUUCUCUUGCAUUCCACAAUUAUAUUAACAGGAGUAUAUUUGAAAAAGAUAUUUUCAAAUAUUCCAAACAAACUCUGGCAUUCCCGUUUCCUUCUUUUUAGGGUUAAUCUCCCUUAGAUUUUAUAUCCAAUUCUGUCGAGGCGAUCGGUGUUGUUCUUUCUUGAACGAUUGAAUUAAUCGAAUGAAUAAUUCACUCGUUUACGAUCUUAGUGUACCUUAACGGUUACUCUCCAUCUUAUUCUGUCGCCUCACUCUUGUUCUUGUAUUCUUCGCGGAUCUUGUAAUAAAGCUGGU